UGAAAGGGGGUGGGCCUGUUGUCAUGGGGGAGGUGGUGGCGCUUGGUGGCCACUGGCGGCCGAGGUAGAGGCAGUGGCUCUGGAGUUGGUCGGGGGCAGCGGCAGAUUUGAGGCUUAAGCAACUUCUUCUGGGGAAGAGUGCCAGUGCAGCUGUUGUCGCAACUCAAGAUCUUGAUCCAUAUCCAUAGGUUGGAAUAUUGGUGGGCCAGCAAUCCUCAGACACCUCACUUAGGACAGAUGAGGAAACUGAGGCUUGUUGAAGUUACGAAACUUGUCCAAAAUCACACAACUUGUAAAGGGCACAGCCAAGAUUCAGAGCCAGGCUGUAAAAAUUAAAAUGAACAAACUACGGCAAAGUUUUAGGAGAAAGAAGGAUGUUUAUGUGCCAGAGGCCAGUCGUCCACAUCAGUGGCAGACAGAUGAAGAAGGCGUUCGCUCUGGAAAAUGUAGCUUCCCAGUUAAGUACCUUGGCCAUGUAGAAGUUGAUGAAUCAAGAGGAAUGCACAUCUGUGAAGAUGCUGUAAAAAGAUUGAAGGCUGAAAAGAAGUUCUUCAAAGGCUUCUUUGGAAAAACUGGAAAGAAAGCAGUUAAAGCGGUUCUGUGGGUCUCAGCAGAUGGACUCAGAGUUGUGGAUGAAAAAACUAAGUACUGUAAUUCUGAAAAAGCUUUUAAAACCUUCUGCUGUCUACAGGGUGAAAGGUUGAGCCAUGCAGUAGGCUGCGCUUUUGCAGCCUGUUUAGAGCGCAAGCAGAAGCGGGAGAAGGAAUGUGGAGUGACUGCUACUUUUGAUGCUAGUCGGACCACUUUUACAAGAGAAGGAUCGUUCCGUGUUACAACAGCCACUGAACAAGCAGAAAGAGAGGAGAUCAUGAAACAAAUGCAAGAUGCCAAGAAAGCUGAAACAGAUAAGAUAGUCGCUGGUUCAUCAGUGGCCCCUGGCAACACUGCCCCAUCCCCAUCCUCUCCCACCUCUCCUACUUCGGAUGCCACAGCCUCUCUGGAGAUGAACAAUCCUCAUGCCAUCCCACGCCGGCAUGCUCCGAUUGAACAGCUUGCUCGCCAAGGCUCUUUCCGAGGAUUUCCUGCUCUUAGCCAGAAGAUGUCACCCUUUAAACGCCAACUAUCCCUACGCAUCAAUGAGUUGCCUUCCACUAUGCAGAGGAAGACUGAUUUCCCCAUUAAAAACGCAGUGCCAGAGGUAGAAGGGGAGGCAGAGAGCAUCAGCUCCCUGUGCUCACAGAUCACCAAUGCCUUCAGCACACCUGAGGACCCCUUCUCAUCUGCUCCGAUGACCAAACCAGUGACAGUGGUGGCACCACAAUCUCCUACCUUCCAAGCUAAUGGCACUGACUCAGCCUUCCAUGUGCUUGCUGCUAAGCCAGCCCAUACUGCUCUAGCACCCGUAGCAAUGCCUGUGCGUGAAACCAACCCUUGGGCCCAUGCCCCUGAUGCUGCUAACAAGAAAAUUGCAGCUACAUGUUCGGGGACUGAGUGGGGUCAAUCUUCUGGUGCUGCCUCUCCAGGUCUCUUCCAGGCCGGUCAUAGACGUACUCCCUCUGAGGCCGACCGAUGGUUAGAAGAGGUGUCUAAGAGCGUCCGGGCUCAGCAGCCCCAGGCCUCAGCUGCUCCUCUGCAGCCAGUUCUCCAGCCUCCUCCACCCACUGCCAUCUCCCAGCCAGUACCGCCUUUCCAAGGGAAUGCAUUCCUCACCUCUCAACCUGUGCCAGUGGGUGUGGUCUCAGCCCUGCAGCCAGCCUUUGUCCCUGCCCAGUCCUAUCCUGUGGCCAAUGGAGUGCCCUAUCCAGCCCCUAAUGUGCCUGUGGUGGGUAUCACUCCCUCCCAGAUGGUAGCCAACGUAUUUGGCACUGCAAGUCAUCCUCAGGCUGCCCACCCCCAUCAGUCACCCAGCCUGGUCAAGCAGCAGACAUUCCCUCACUCUGAGGCAAGCAGUGCUACCACGAGUCCCUUCUUUAAGCCUCCUGCUCAGCACCUCAACGGUUCUGCAGCUUUCAAUGGCGUAGACGAUGGCAGGUUGGCCUCAGGAGACAGGCAUCCAGAGGUUCCUAUAAGCACCUGCCCAGUGGAUCCUUUUGAAGCCCAGUGGGCUGCAUUAGAAAACAAGUCCAAGCAGCGUACUAAUCCCUCCCCUACCAACCCUUUCUCCAGUGACUUACAGAAGACAUUUGAAAUUGAACUUUAAGCCCUAAUCCCUAGGGCUAUUUAUCUUGUCCAUACAUACAGGGAGCAGUGGGUGGAGGUCAAAGGAGCAAAACACACUUUGUCUCCUGGUUAGUACUCUUUUCACUAAUCCCAAAAGUCCCUAGGAACAAGUCUAGGCCCAGAGUACUGUGAGAUGUGAUUUUGAAAGACGUGGGAAAAACCAUUCCUAGAGAGAAGCUGCCUUGCAGUUAGGCUAAAGAAGUCAAGGAAAUGUUGCUGUCUGUACGCCCUCUUCCCUCACCCCUUACAAAUCUCUAGCAACAGAGAGGCAAAAGUAUCUGAAUAAGAAUCUAUAUUCAAAGCACAUUUACUGAAAUAUAAAACCCAACAGGAAGCAAAGCAAUCUCCCUUUUUCAGGCCAUUCACCUGCCUCCUGUCAGUAAUGGCCUGUAUUAGAGAUCAAGAACAGUGAUCUGUGCUCAGGCUAGGGAAGAGAGAGGCAGGCCAUGCUGCCAGAAUUCCCAGGAGGACAUAUCAGCAACUGCCCAGCAGAGCUAUAUUAUUUUGGGGGAGUAGUUGAGCUUCCAUUUUGAGUAACAGAAUAAAUAUAAAUAUAUAUCAAAAGGCAAAAUCUUUAUUUUUAUGCAUUUAGAAUAUUUUAAAUAGCUCUCAGAUAUUAAAAAGUUGUAUGAGUUGUAAGUAAUCUUGCCAAAGGUAAAGGUGUUAGUUGUAAGAAAUUGUACAUAAGAUUGAUUUAUCAUUGAUGCCUACUGAAGUAAAAAGAGGAAAGGCUGGAAGCUGCAGAGAGGAUUCCUAGCUUGUUUGCUGUCAUUCAUUGUAAGUAGCACAUUGCAACAACAAUCAUGCUUAUGACCAAUACAGUCACUAGGUUGUAGUUUUUUUUAAAUAAAGGAAAAGCAGUAUUGUCCUGGUUUUAAACCUAUGAUGGAAUUCUAAUGUCAUUAUUUUAAUGGAAUCAAUCUAAAUAUGCUCUAUAGAGAAUAUAUAUUAUCUUUAUAUUGCUGCAGUUUCCUUAUGUUAAUCCUUUAACACUAAGGUAACAGUGAAAUAAUCACACCAUAGAAGGGAACACAGGUUACCAUAUUGGUUUGUAAUGCGGGUUUUGUUUUAUCAUUUAAAUUUUGUUCCCAUGAGUUUUGUGGGGAUGGGGAUUCUGGUUUUAUUAGCUUUGUGUAUGUCCUCUUCCCCCUAAACCCCCUUUUGGUGAGAACAUCCCUUGGACAGUUGCAGCCACUUGACCUCGGAUAAUAAUACGCGAUCUCAUCUCAUUUUUACUUUUGAACGUUGGCCUUACAAUCAAAUGUAAGUUAUAUAUAUAUUUGUACUGAUGAGAAUUUAUAAUCUGCUUUAACAAAAAUAAAUGUUCGUGGUAGAAGC